GUGUGUUAUUACGGUGACUGGGAUCAUGGAGGGCUGUGUGUUAUUAUGGUGACUGGGAUCAUGGAGGGCUGUGUGUUAUUAUGGUGACUGGGAUCAUGGAGGGCUGUGUGUUAUUACGGUGACUGGGAUCAUGGAGGGCUGUGUGUUAUUAUGGUGACUGGGAUCAUGGAGGGCUGUGUGUUAUUAUGGUGACUGGGAUCAUGGAGGGCUGUGUGUUAUUAUGGUGACUGGGAUCAUGGAGGGCUGUGUGUUAUUACGGUGACUGGGAUCAUGGAGGGCUGUGUGUUAUUAUGGUGACUGGGAUCAUGGAGGGCUGUGUGUUAUUAUGGUGACUGGGAUCAUGGAGGGCUGUGUGUUAUUACGGUGACUGGGAUCAUGGAGGGCUGUGUGUUAUUACGGUGACUGGGAUCAUGGAGGGCUGUGUGUUAUUACGGUGACUGGGAUCAUGGAGGGCUGUGUGUUAUUAUGGUGACUGGGAUCAUGGAGGGCUGUGGGGGGCUGUGUGUGAUGAUGCAGACUGGGGCCAUGGGAUGGGAAGAGCCACUCUCUUUCUCCCGCGCAUUUCUAUCAUGAGUGCGUCAUCAAGGUGACGGCACCGGUCGUCAUGGUAACAGCAGGCCCAGUUGCUAUGCUUCCCAUAAAUCUGACCCGUUGAUAAAUAAAGCUUGUUGAUGUUUUUUUUUCUCCCUCUCUCUCCCUUCACGUGACGUCCCAUGAUGCCCCGCUCCCUGCGUCAGCUGACCUCCCCGUUGCUGUACAGGCGCAGUGCUGGAGGGAGCUCCAAGAUGGGCACCGUGCUGGAUAUCAAGCUGAAGCGGGCCAAUAAAGUCUACAGGGAAGGGGUAAGAGCCGUGAGAUGGGACCCUGCAUUGUUACACGUGCUCAGCACUGACACCACUCACUGACAGCUACAGGGACCAUGGAGGAGAGCAACCAGCGGCUGAACUACAACUCCCAUCAUGCUUUGCCCGCCUGAAGGCUAAUAGAGCAUUAUGGGCCUUGUAGUUCUCGAGGCUCUGGAUUUGUUUUUCACUGGCUCAGGGGAUCCAAGAGAAAUUCCUCUCCUCAACUUUUAUUGAACUACAAAUCCCAUGAUGCUUAGCCCCACUUAAGGCUAAUAGAGCAUUAUGGGCCUUGUAGUUCUCGAGGCUCAGGGGAUCCAAGAGAAAUUCCUCUCCUCAACUUUUAUUGAACUACAAAUCCCAUGAUGCCUUGCCAAUCUGAAGGCUAAUAAAGCAUCAUGGGGCUUUUAGUUCUCAAUGCCAUAGAUUAGUUUCCUUCUGGCUCAGGGGAUUUAAGUGAAAACCCUUUCCUCAAGUUGUUGAACUAAAAAUCCCAUGCUGCUUUGCCACCCAUGUGGCUGUACAGAGCAUCAUUAGAUUUGCAGUUCUACAUCUUCUGGGACUACUCUUCACCCCAGAGCUUAGUAAAUAUACUUUUUAUUUUUUAUUUUUUAAGGUGAGUCACCUGUAAGCUAUACCAGCAAGUUACUUUAGUUCCUUAAAAUGCUGCUCACGUGUCAAAGGAAAACCUCUCAUCCUUUUUAUUAUGUAAAAUUUUGCCAGUAUUAUAGGCUUUGUGUGUAGUAACUUGUAAUGCAUAUAUGUAUGUAUCUAAUUUUACGGUUUCUCUUUGCUUACCCUUACAUUUUGAGGGCACCCAUUUUUAACUACACAGUGUCGCUUUAAUGAUUGCAUUUUUUUUCUAAGUUCAAUCUUUUUAUCCAUGUGUGAAUCAAUUGAUACCUAUAAUUAAACCAGCCCGUUUUGUGUUUGUAUUUCAUUUUUCAUGUGUAGUUAGAGGAUUUUUAGCCCAAUGCAUUUCCUUAAUUUAAUUAAUUCUUGUAGAUAGACAUCCCAUUUUUCUCCAGAAUACAUGAAUUAAAGUUGAAAUAAAUACUUCAAAAUGUGUUUGCUUCAAAUCUACAGUGACAAACUAUCUACCUUGCUAAAACAAGAUAAGAUAGCUAAAGCAAUUAUAUUACUAUACUCCUAAAGCUGAAUGCCCAUUAUUUUUCGGUGCUCCUCGCACUUUUUUAAUAUGUCUAUUACUCAUGACUUAUUACUUUCUUUUUAAAAACAUGACAAAAUAUUGUAAAUAGUUAAAGAACUAUAAUAAAUAUGCCACCCAUUUAACCAAUUACCAAAGUGCUUCCUGGAAUUUGUUGGUACGUGUUCAUUUUUCACUUGAGACAGUCUCCUACAAAAUUGCUUUCCCAGGGCUCAUAAUUCCAAUUUCUUUGCUUCUAGUCUGGUCUAAAAGUUACUUGCCGCUGCAAGCUUGUAUUGUCCAUAGCACACUUGCCAGCAGUGAAUUUCUACAUGCAUGUUCUGAAUUUUCACUUGCAAUUGGUAACACUGCUUAAGUAGUAGAAAAUUGGCAUUUUAAGUCUGUGAUAAUUCCAAGAAGUUUGCAAAAACGACAAUUUUGUUUCUUAGAAGUAUUCUUUUUAGGAUAAAAGUCUUCAUAAACUUAACAAUGACUUGUGAUCACUACUAAAAAAAAAUCUGGGACCUCACUCUAUCCACUCUGCAGCUGUUCAAAACAUAUACAGUUAUAACUGGCUGAGAGAUGUGUGAUUAGCUUCCCCUAUCAUCAUCCAUGGUUUGGGUUGAUAAUGCAGAAGUGACAUUUGUUUCCUAAAAGUGGCUUCUGAGGGUCAGGCUAGGGGUUUUAAUUUAAAUUGAACCUAAUGUACGGCAUAGGACAAUGUUUUCCAGGGAAACUAGAGAUGCUGGAUGUCCUCAUACAUAGUGUGUGAGGACGUCACUGAGUUAAACUUUGUGAAACAGGAAGCACUUCUAGUGGCUGUCUGGUAAUCUUACCCCUGCAAUGUUUUUGAUUGCAGGGUUAAUAGGACAGGUACACUGGACCUAGACCACUUUAAACGAUGAGAAGUGGUGUAGGUGCCUAUAGGGUCCCUUUAAGUAUCCGUGCGCCACCUUGUGGUAAAGUAUAAAAAUUAUGUAUUUUGUUGCGUUGGCAUCCCUUUUUUUUUUUUUUUUUCAAUUAUGCAUUUAUCUGCAAGUAAAAUCCUUAACAAUUUAUCUGUUUCUACAUUGGGGUGUUUCGAUUUUACUUGCAUGAAUUUACUACAUGUUCUAGUUUCUAUCACUGAUGGAGAAUUCCUCAUACACUAAAAUAUAAAUCUUGCUUUGCACGUGUUUUAGGAAACAUUGUCUGGAGUAGUGGCUGUAAUGAGUAAAGAUGCAGUUCAGCACCAAGGCAUCACAUUGACAAUGGAGGGAACAGUUAAUUUACAGCUCAGUGCGAAGAGUGUGGGAGUUUUUGAAGCAUUUUAUAAUUCGGUGAAGGUAAGGCUUGCAGUAUUGCAUAUUAAACUUUUUCCAGGUGCAAAAUGUACGUGUGACAAGGCACUAACUUAUCGCCCUAUUUGUAGCCGUUUUCCAAUAUAAAACCUAUUUUAUCACUUUAUAGAGCUGAGCUCAUCAUACACAUGACACGCGUAUUUCAAUCACAUCAAUCUGUUGAUCAGAGGAAACUUUAUCCUAGCCUGACAAAGUAGUAAUUAUGUGAUUUUAAUCUUUCCUUUUGUUUAGAGGAUAAAAUAAAACAGACGUGGCUUGUUCUGUAUGAUCUUUUAUAUUACACAAGGCAAGCUUUUAUUGAAAGAAAAAAAAGUUCAAUGUGUCUUUGUAUUUAAAAUGUUUUAUAUACACAUUUUGUCUUUUAAGUAUAUUCAACAACCUUCUUUUUGUGUUGUAUAUUAAGUAGUGUUCACUCUGGUUGUUUUCACUUAAUAUUUGACAUUCACUUCGUAUUUCCAACAAGUGACACUUUAAUGAAUAGCUUUAUAAGACUAGGCAGAAUCAGACAGGCCUGCAGAGCAAAUGAUGCACUGCUGCCAAAAAGAUUUCAUAGAUGUGACAUGGUCACUAUUUCCAAAACAAAGGUGCAUUUUCAUUAAAGCCAUUGAGGGAAGUGAAAGUCAGACUAAUGCAUGUCUUAAAGUGUUCUGUUUCACCAAAAUAUGAAUCUUCCCUUUUCUGUUUUGGUAUUUAAUAAAGUACAAAAAAAAAAUUAAUUACAUUUAUUAUUAUAAAAUUUUUAUUUUUUAUUUAUUUUAGUAAAUGCUUUGUUUUCUCUUUGUUUUUUCCAGCCAAUUCAAAUCGUUAGCAACACUGUAGAAAUGGUGAAACCUGGUAAACUUCCAAGUGGCAAAACUGAAAUCCCUUUUGAAUUUCCACUGGUCAUGAAGGGCAAUAAGACCCUUUAUGAGACCUACCAUGGUGUGUUUGUUAAUAUCCAGGUAAGAGAUCCAGCUCUGAUUUGAGAUCCAUGUGUACAAUUGGCUACUAAAAUGAAUGUUGGGAAGGAUAUUGCUAAUGUUCCCUCCUCACAGGAGCUAGAUUUUCAUUGUGAAAACAUAACAUGGCAGUUUUAUACAGAAUUGAUAGAGAAGCCGUCAGUAAUAUGCAGACAGAGCUUUAACCAGAGGAGUUCCCUUAUGUCAUAGUUGCAGUGUGUGAGUACAGCGCCAGUUUCUAAACUUUAUUUAUUUUUAAAUUUAAAAAGAGGUAAUAACUUUUUCUCUUCACAGUAUACGCUCCGCUGUGACAUGAAGCGCUCUCUUUUAGCCAAGGAUUUGUCCAAGUCCUGUGAGUUCAUCAUUCACUCAUUGGUAUGACACCUCACUUUCUAUUCAUUUUAAGUAAACCGUUAUUUAUCAGCAAGAGGUUUAUACAUUUAUUUAUAUAUAUAUAUAUAUCUGACAAAACAGAUCUCCUAACUUUCCAAAUCCUUUGUCAGCCUCUGUUUUCAUGUUGCAUUCUGUGGAUACUGGGUUCACUACUUUAAACUCAGUUAGUGCAGGGGAAAGGUUAAAUCACAUACUGUAGUGUUAGGAAUACAAAAGUAUACCGGCUUCUAUCACAUACUUGGUUUUUUUUUUUUUUUGGUUUUUUUUUAAAUUUAUUUAUUUUUAUCCCAUUUUAGCCAUUUAUACUUCACUUAAACUAGGAGACUGAUAUAGAUGAUUAUAAACCAUGCAGACCCGACCCCAGGAUAAAGGGCUGGCUGUCUAGGUUUGCUUUGUUUGGGGUUGUUGAUAUUGUACUGAUAAGGUGUUACGUCAUGUAAGUAGUUCCCAUGUCACUCGUUUGAUUAUACCUUUUUAUACAUCUGGUUAAUAAGGAAACUUGCCUGACCCAGGCUGCUCUUGAUUGUGUUUUUAGCCUCAGAAAACAAAGCAGACCCCAAACCCUGUGGAUUUCACAAUUACUCCGGACACUUUACAGAAUGUUAAAGAAGUAAGUAUCUCACUCUGAUGUUGUAAUUUGUUGAUAGAAGGGAUAGGCAUCAGGUGUAUUUGAACAUGUGAGAUGCACAUCUUGGACCAGGUUACUUGUAGAUUCUUCAGUAUAGAGCUUGCUUCAUAUGUCAUUGUUCCUGUUUUACAGAGGGCAUCUCUGCCCAGGUUUGUCAUUCGAGGGCACCUGGACUCCACUAAUUGUGUCAUUACACAACCGCUAACAGGGGAACUCCUAGUGGAAACUUCUGAAGUGGCCAUCAAAAGUAUCGAGCUUCAGCUAGUCAGAGUGGAAACUUGUGGUGGGUUUGCAGACUAAAACCAGGUUUAUGUCUUUACAUGACAUUGGACCAGACUAGCACUUGUUUUCUUCACUUCUUCUUAAAACUAAUAUUUUUAACUUUUUGUUUUCUGUAAAAAAAAAAAAAAAAAAAAUAAUUCCAUUACUAAAAAUGCUUGUCAAUGUAUCAUUCAUGUGCCGUUUCCUCUUACUGAUUUUACACUUUAUCCCUGGGAUAUCAAACUGUGUGGCCUGACUAAACACUUUAGUAAAUAAUUAAAACUUUUUAGUUAACUGACCGUGUACCAAUCAUUGAAUUGGGUACAUUACUGAAAUUCAUGCCUUGAAAUAUUAGAUUUUUCCUUAUGGUAGCAAAUUUAGCUUUUUGUGUUUUUUAUUUGUGUGUAAAGGCUGUGCUGAAGGUUACGCUCGAGACGCCACGGAGAUCCAGAACAUCCAGAUAGCAGAGGGUGAUGUAUGCAGAGGAUUGCGUAUUCCCAUCUACAUGGUGUUCCCUAGACUGUUUACCUGUCCUACCCUGGAAACUACCAACUUUAAAAUUGGUAUGUAUGCAUUUAUGUUGCAUUGGUAAUAUGUAUAUUCUGAUAUGAGGGUGUACAUUUAAUGGUUGACAUCCUCCAUAUAUGAAUAUAGGUUUACAGAAAAUGAAUUUAUAAAGUAAACAAGGUUAUUUACUGAAAAUUCUAAGUGUAUUUCAAACUUAAGGCCAGAGUAGCGGAGUAGAAACCAUAGCUGACUUGGAGAAUUUUUCCAGUUCAGCUACUCUGACCUUCACUUUGAAUUCACCUUGAAUUCUCACUUAGAAUACCCUUGAUAGAUUAUCACUAGAUACCUUAGAAUACACUAAGACUGGCAACAUAGACUUUUAACGAGACACUCAAAGCACAAUAAUAACACCAGAACAUUUAUUUGUAACUUAGGAUAUGGCACAAGCAGUUACCGAUGUAACUGGAUGUAGGAAUUUAUCUAAAUAAAUAAUGCUUUCACUUGGCUUGAAGUGACUCCUGUACCACUUUCCAAUCUGAAUUGAGAGGUUUAAGGUAUGCUGACAGUCUUCUAAAAGGUAUCUAAUAAGUGAUUUGGAAAUGUUUAUUUUUUGCAGAGUUUGAAGUAAAUGUGGUCGUCGUCCUGCAUGAUGACCACCUCAUAACAGAGAAUUUCCCACUGAAGCUGUGCCGUAUGUGAGACCAUAAGGGCUGAGCAGUAAGUCAUGGGACUUAUAUGCACUUUGGAACAUUUUAUUAUGAUAGAAGGAAGCACAGCUGUCUGAUAUCACAGGACCUCUGUCAGGCAUGUAAAAAAGCUGUCUGAUCUCACAGAACCCAUGGCCUCGCGAGAGCAGCCAGUACGGGAGGCUGAUAUCACAGGACCUCCGGCCUACAUAGAGCAACCCACACAGUGAACUGGUAUUACAGGACCGCUGACCUAGAGUGCAACCUGUAUGGGAAAUUAAUAUCGCGGAUCCACAAACGUGGGGAAAACAUCCUGCAUUGCAAAGGAGGUGCAAAAGAGAAUGCAAAGGCACUUUGAAAUUGUAAUUUUUUUAAAGUGUUGAAAAUGACCAUAAAAUAUUUGUUUUUUUAUUAUAAAUAAUGUAAUAAAUGAGCAUCAGAUAUAGCAUGUAAAUAUUGCUAUAUGUGCACAUGUUAUACAAUAAACCUUGAUUAGUCUCUUA